AUGGCGUUGAACAAGCUGAGGAUUGAUUCAGUGGAUGUGGCUGGAAAGCGCGUGUUCAUCCGCGUCGAUUUCAACGUGCCGCAAGAUAAAAAGGACCCAAGCAUCAUCACCAACACGCAACGCAUUGACGCGGCGUUGCCCACCAUCAAGUAUUGCCUCGACAAGGGUUGCAAAUCCGUCGUGCUCUGUUCACAUCUGGGCCGACCGGAUGGAAGCGCAGUCGAGAAGUACUCAUUGGCUCCGGUCGCGAAGUGCGUCCAAGAGAAGUUGGGGAAACCCGUCACCUUCCUGAAGGACUGCUGUGGCCCAGAAGUCGAGGCCGCCUGCGCGAAUCCUGCGCCGGGCUCCGUGAUCCUGCUGGAGAACUGCCGCUUCCACGUGGAGGAGGAGGGCAAAGGCCAGGACAAGGAUGGAAACAAGAUCAAGGCCGACAAAGAGAAAACCAAGGAGUUCCGAGCUUCCAUCGCCAAAUUGGCGGACAUCUACUGCAGCGAUGCCUUUGGCACGGCUCAUCGCGCUCAUAGCUCGAUGGUGGGUGAGGGCUACUCCGUGAAGUGCUCGGGGUUCCUUGUGGCCAAGGAACUGGAGGCCUUCGCGAAGGUUUUGGACAGCCCGGUGAAGCCGGUUUGUGCAAUUCUGGGCGGGGCCAAGGUGACGGACAAGAUUCAACUUAUCAAGAACAUGCUGGACAAGGUGGAUGCCAUGAUCAUCGGCGGCGGCAUGGCCUUCACCUUCAUCAAGGUCCUGCACGGCAUGAGCAUCGGCAACUCCCUCUUCGACGAGGAGGGCGCGAAGAUCGUGCCGGAGAUCAUGGAGAAAGCCAAGGCGAAGGGAGUCGAGAUCGUGCUGCCCAUCGAUUUCGUGAUCUCCUCCAAGUUCGGGGAGGACGGGGAGAUCAAGACGGCCACGCUCGCCAGCGGCAUCCCGGACGGCUUCAUGGGCCUCGACUGCGGCCCCGAGAGCAAUGCCUUGAACUCGGCGACCAUUGCAAGGAGCAAGACCAUCGUCUGGAACGGGCCCAUGGGCGUCUUCGAGAUGGCCGCCUUCGAGACAGGAACCAAAGUGAUGAUGGACAAGAUCGUGGAGGUCACCAAGUCCGGCGCGGUCACGGUCAUCGGAGGGGGCGACACCGCCACGGCCUGCAAGAAGUAUGACACGGAGGACAAGGUCACCCACUGCUCCACCGGAGGCGGUGCUUCCCUGGAGCUUUUGGAGGGCAAGGUGCUGCCGGGCGUGGCUGCGUUGGACGACGCACCGGCCGGAGGUGCUUUCCAAAUCCUCCAAGUUCGGGCAAGGGAAAUCUUCGAUUCCAGGGGCAACCCCACCGUUGAGGUGGACCUCUGCACUCCGAUGGCUCUCUUCCGUGCGGCGGUGCCUAGCGGUGCCUCCACCGGCAUCUACGAGGCGCUGGAGCUGCGCGACGGUGACAAGGGCCGGCUGCUGGGGAAAGGUGUGCUAAAGGCCGUGGCGAAUGUGAACGAGAUCAUUGGGCCCAAGCUGGUGGGCAUGGACGUGCGCGAGCAGAAGCUGAUCGACGAGGUCAUGGUUCAGCAGCUGGACGGCUCCAAGAACGAGUGGGGUUGGUCCAAGUCCAAGCUGGGUGCCAAUGCAAUCCUGGCCGUGUCCAUGGCGGUCUGCCGUGCUGGCGCAGCUGCGAGCCAGAUGCCCCUUUACCAGUACAUCGCCAAGAUCUCUGGCAAGCCCACGGACAAGCCCGGGGCCCUGAGAGAUGUUUUCUGGGGCUCGGGUUCGGCUCAGAGGCACGCAGCUGCGCAGGUCUCUGAUGCCUCUGGGGCUGCGUCUCGAUGGCACGGAGCGCUCUCCCUCGUCGAGGACAUGGAAGCAGGAAGACUGCUGCCAGACCUCGUCACCUUCAACUCGGCGAUCUCUUGCUGCCAAAGGGAGGCAGUUGGGAGGGCAGAAGAGUGGCGGAAGGCUGUAGACAUGCUGAGCUGGAUCAGGUGGAAGCGGGAAGCACCCGGCAUAAGGCUCUACACCUCGGCCCUGGAUGCAUGCGCAAAGGCGCAUGCAUCUGCAAUGGCACUCUCCCUCUGUGCCACAGCGGAAGCUGAGACGGACAUGAGCAGAAGGCAAGUGAAAGCAACUUGUGCGCCUCUGAACUCUGCGAUCCUUUGCUGUGGGAGAGCUGCAAAGUGGAUGCAGGCCCUGUUUGGGCACCCGGCCAUCGAUUCGAUGGCCGUGGUUUCCACCUACAACUCGGCCUUUGCAGCUCUCUCGGGCCAGUCUGAGUGGGAGCAGGCCGUGAUGCUGCGCAGCUCCCUGGACAAGGACGACGCUUACACAUGCACGGCCAUGAUGCCGCUGCCCGUGAAGCUCUCGGCGCCGGUGCGCGAGGGCUCCUGGCAGCUGGCUUUGGAGCUGUUGCAGGAAUCUCCGCGUCGGCGGUCGAACGAGAAGUUGAGAAGCUACACCGCAGCAAUGAGCGUGGGCGAGAAGACCUCUUUCUGGCCGAUGUCUUUGGAUCUUUGCCAGGAGCUUUGGACGAGGAUGGUU